GUGUGUGUGUGUUCUUUCUGGGUGUGGUUGGGGCUAGGAUACCAUCUCUCUCCACUGUGGAUCGAGAUCUGAACUAAACGCAACCCAAUUUUGGGUUUCUCUUCAAAGCCAGCUGGUCUGGCUUUAUUUCUUUUUAAAAUUUUUAUUUCUCACAGUUCUUUCCUUUUUUUCAAAGAUUUUUUAUAAUCUGACCCACAGCAGGUGCUGGAGGGUAGGGCUUCCUGGAGAAGAAUACUGAAAGGACUGGUGCCAAAAUACAGGCCUGGAUGCUACAAAAAGCAAUCUGAUGGAGACACAAAAGCACUGAAGAUUAGAGCAGAAGGAUCAGAGAGAUAAGUGACAAAAGGAUACAUGCAAGUAAUAGCUUUCAUCUGUGUACUGUACAUGGCGAUCGGAGUCCGCCCCUUUAGAGGACGAAAAGAGUCUCUCCUCUUACGCGCGGAGGGUACGACGGUGACGGUGAAUUAGAGAAGUCCCAAACAACAUCCAAGGGAAGCAGCAUCGCGGUUAGUACUCUUUGGAAGUCUAGGUAGAUCGUCAGAAGAACAAAGUGAUCUCUGAAGUCACGCUGACGCUUCAUCGCUGUGCUGAAACCACCGGGACGUGGACUUAUGUGAUCUUUUCCUGCCUCACUGUCGCUCGUGAAGUGUUCUGCAGCUGCUCCGGAUUCACAGAGCACUUGAGAAGACCUCGCGUGGUCCUGUGCUCGGCACAUUUGGUGGACCAAUUUGACCAAGACACAAAUUUCCGCUGUCACGCUUUCGAGUGAUCAUACUCAUGCCUAACGAAGAGUGUGUGGUGGAGUCUUUGAACUGAGAGGAGCUACAGUAGCAGGAGAACUGGACUAAGGAGUGGAAAGUGAGAAGGAAGAAGGACGAAAGCAUUUACUUGGGCAAAAAGAACGACCAUCAGAGUGGAACAAUGGGGAGGAAGAAAAUUCAGAUUGCACGAAUUAUGGAUGAACGCAACAGACAGGUUACUUUCACGAAGAGGAAGUUUGGCCUGAUGAAAAAAGCCUACGAGCUGAGUGUGCUGUGUGACUGCGAGAUCGCCCUGAUCAUUUUCAACAGCACCAACAAGCUGUUCCAAUACGCCAGCACCGACAUGGACAAGGUUCUGCUGAAAUACACCGAGUACAACGAGCCCCAUGAGAGUCGGACCAAUUCAGACAUCGUGGAGACUCUGAGGAAGAAAGGUCUGAAUGGCUGUGACAGUCCUGAUAUUGAUGCUGAUGAUUCAGGCCAUAGUCCAGAGUCAGAAGAAAAAUAUCGCAAAAUCAACGAGGACAUUGAUCUCAUGAUCAGCAGGCAGAGGCUGUGUACCAUCCCGCCUUCCAACUAUGAUAUACCAGUGUCCAUCCCAGUAAGCAACCCCAACAACAUGAUCUACAGCCACCCAGGGGGCUCUCUGGGGAACCCCAACCUGCUACCACUGGCCCACCCCUCCCUCCAGAGGAACAGCAUGUCUCCCGGAGUCACGCACAGGCCUCCCAGUGCUGGGAACACAGGUGGCCUCUUGGGUCCAGAUCUAACCAGUAGCGUGGGCACCAGUGCUGGAAAUGGAUAUGGGAACCAUGGCAACUCCCCUGGUCUGCUGGCUUCUCCAGGGAGCAUGAGCAAGGGCAUGCAGGCCAAGUCUCCCCCACCCAUGUCCAUGAGCAACCGCAAGCCUGACCUCCGGGUGCUCAUCCCUCCUGGCUCCAAGAACACCAUGCCCUCUAUCAAUCAGAGAAUAACCAACUCGCAGUCCGCACAGUCUUUGACCACCCCAGUGGUGUCUGUAGCAACCCCAACCCUGCCUGGGCAGGGCAUGGGAGGAUACCCUUCAGCCAUCUCUGCCUCAUAUGGUACAGAGUAUUCUCUCAGCAGUGCAGACCUGACCUCUCUGUCAGGUUUCAGCAGCUCCAGCUCUCUCCACCUGGGUUCCAUGACAGGCUGGCAACAACAGCAUCUUCCAAACAUGCAGCAGCCGGCCCUCGGGCACCUGGGAAACUGCAGUAGCACUCAGUUAUGCCCAAGCUCCACUCUCUCGCUGCCCUCGGCUCAGAGCCUGCACAUCAAGUCUGAACCCGUUUCGCCCCCUAGAGACCGGACUGGGAGUGCUCCCUACGGCCAGCAUCCAAACCCUCCUCCCCAGCAGCAGCCGGCCCCGCCCCCGGCCCCGCCCCCGCUGCCGGUGCCCGCCCUGCUCCGGCAAGACCCAGGCCGCUCGCCAGGCGACAGCCUGAGCAGCUGCGGCAGCUCAUACGAGGGUAGCGAGCGCGAUGAGCAGCGCGGCGAUUUUCACUCACCGCUGGGACUGUUGCGGCCGCCCUCGCACGAGGAGCAUGACAGCCCUUCCGUGAAACGCGUGCGUCUGGCCGAGGGCUGGGCCUCAUGAUCGCGCACGCCACUGCCGCGGGCCUUAUGGAGGGAUUUUCUAUUGUGGAGAUUUCACUUUUAGUAUUAUUUUUCUUUUCUUGAGUGUGAGUGCUACAUAAAGUAUUAAAGUGGUAUAAGAGACACAGGAGUGCAUUUCUGAGGAGGGAGGGUUGGGGGGGGGGGGCAUGCAUUGCUUGUGCUGUGUGUAGGGGUAAAUAAGUAUAUACACACACAUUUAUACAUGUGUGUUUGUAUUUAUACAAGCAUACAGGACAAAAGAGAAGUUUCCUGGUACUUCUGUUUGGUAAAAGCUAAAUUUUAGUUCAGUAAUAUAUUAUGCAUAAUUAAACUAUUAAAGCACGCAUUGAUGUGUCUCAGGGCUUAGAAUUGUACAAAUAAUGUACAUGUAGAGACCGGGGCGGGGCGACUCACAUAUCAACGUUCAGUAGUGUUCAAUACAUGUUGUCACGGAUAUUGUUGUGUUGCAGGUUCAACCUAUUUAUGUAAAUAGAAGGUUUUGAGAUUGGGGUAAAUAACCUGCCAGGAUUUGCAGAAUUAUUUACACAAAGGAGGGACAGAUAUCACACAACUUUUAAAGACUAGAUCCCCAGGACCCAGUGCAAAGGACCUUAAUCAGUUUCAAGUAAUAGGAAAAAAGUCAUUUUAUUAUACAACUAUUGUAAAUGUUGUCAAUAUUUAGUUCAAAGGGCCAUAUUAACAACUUAAAAGUACUCUGGGUCAUGUAUUGCCUCUCCCCGGUGGAAAAGAUGUACAAUACAUUUUGCUUAUAUUUUCAUAAGAAAUGCAGAGCAUUUGUUGCAACCUGUUGACCAUAUGAGCCAGAAUGUGAUUUUAAGCUUUGCCAAUGUUGAACAAAGAGGUAAAGCCAUAUGAGCUCCAAUAAUAAAGCCAUAUAAACAAUUUA